AUGAGCGAUUCAACAGCGGCAGAAGCUAGCGAAAUAGCACAGAUCCUGAGCCGAUUGCAAGACUCGAUUCUGCAUCCUACCCCCGAGCGCGAGAGACAGCUCCGUCGAAGCUACAUCGAGAGGGAGAAGCUGGCCUCGAACUUGGGUUACGUCAACACCCGCCUAUCGAAGCUUGAGCAGGACGCCGCAGCACCUCCUUUCAAGUCUAGCGCUGGCCCUCUCCUUGCCAAGCACCGAGAUGCCCUCGAGCUUUUACUAGACAGAUUAAAAGAUCUGAACCAGGUUGCAGCCGAUGAGGACGAGCUAGAGGACGAUAGCUCAGACGAGGAGGACCUAUUGGGCGGCUUCAUCCCAACUCCAAGCCAGAGCGCAGCUUCAACCGCCGAGGACACCGAUCCGCAAUACACGCCGCCUGCACUCGAUACAGAGCCCGAAUCUCCGAGUAUACAAGAGCCCUUCGUCUCGUCGCCUACACCACCACCACCACCGCCGCCCACGACCGAAGCUCCCGUCGAGAUCGUCGCUCCGGCCCCAACGCAGACUAUCCAGAAUCUGCGCGGCCGUCACGGCGCCGAGGGUGCUGCCCCUGCUACUAUAUCGCACUCGUCAGCGCGUGCGGCGCUCUUCGCCAGCCGCCGCAAGCCGGCGCCGCCGCAGACGUCCACCGCCACGGCCGAGGCCAUUCUCGACCAGCAGCGCGCUGAGCAAGACGCGCUCUCCGACUCCAUCCUGAAGAUGGCCGGGGCACUCAAGGCCAGCUCCAAAAAGUUCUCGACGACCCUCGAGGCGGACAAGGAGGCCGUGAGCCGCGCGGGCGACGGCAUGUCCAAGACGGAGCAAAGCAUGGAGGCGGCUCGCGGGCGCAUGGGCACGCUGCGGAAGAUGACAGAGGGCAAGGGAUGUCUUCGUGUUCCCGAAACUGAGGUUUUGAGACAGAGAGCUAUAUGUAUAUGA